GGAAACUAUUUCUUUUAUAUUUUGUAGACAUCUAAUUAUUACUUUAAAUACUAGAUUAUCUAAUACAUCCUUUCAUAAAAGAUUCAAUUAAAUAAAUUUAAACUAAACAAAAAAAAUAUGAGCUAAAAAAUUACUGUUACUCUUGUUGCUAUCGCUGCUAUUGCCGCUAUCACUGCUGCUGGCAUUUACUACUAGAACCACUAAGCUAGCCAAUUAGAAAAGUCUUUCAAGAGAAAUACCAUCCUUGAAUAAUGGAACGAAUUCAAGCAAAAGUUUGGUAAGAAAUAUGCUGACUAAGAAUUCGAAAGAUACAGAAUCGGAGUUUUCGCUCAAAAUUUAGAAGUUAUCAAGAACGAUCCUUCCUUCGGUGUUACCAAGUUCAUGGAUAUGACCCCAUAAGAAUUCGAACAAUCCUACUUAUCUCUCUAACUCCAACAAAACUUCAAUGCUGAAAAGGUUGAUGGUGACUUUAAUGGUGAUAUUGAUUGGACUUAAAAGGGUGCUGUUACUCCUGUCAAGGACUAAGGUUCUUGCGGUUCUUGCUGGGCUUUCUCUGCUAUCGGAGCUGUUGAAUCUGCUUUGAUCUUGAACGGUGAAGACAAGAACAUCAAUUUGGCUGAAUAAGAAUUGGUCGACUGUGCUACUACUCCCAAGUACGAAAAUGAAGGUUGCAACGGUGGUUGGAUGGACUCUGCUUUCGACUACAUUAUUGAUGAAAAGAUCUCUUAAACCAAGGACUACAAGUACACUGCUAGAGACGGCAAGUGCAAGGAUACCUCAUCUUUUGAAAAGAAGUCUAUCUCUGGAUACAAGGACAUUCCUCAAGGUGACUGCAAGUCUCUCUUAAACGCUCUUUCCUAAUAACCCGUUGCUAUUGCAGUUGAUGCUUCUUCUUGGUAAUUCUACAACAAGGGAGUUUUAUCAUCCUGUGGCAGCAGACUUAAUCACGGUGUUUUAUUAACUGGUUACGUUAACGAAACUUACAAGGUUAAGAACUCUUGGGGUACUUCUUGGGGUGAAAAGGGUUUCAUCUAAUUAAAGUCAGGUAACUCUUGUGGUCUCUGCAAUGCUGCCUCUUACCCUCUUGCUUGA